AUGGGAGUCGUAGAACCGUACAUAGAGAUUGAAAAGCGUCUGGGAAUAAUCAGCAAUACGCCGUGGGAAGGAAUCCCUCAUGAAAACAUGGUGUUCAUCACCAAAUACGCGAUUGGCCCUAUCCAAGACAACAACCAGCCAGAAAAUGUUAAAUCAAAUGAGUUCCCGAUCGGGCUGCAAUGCUUCUGCCCGACAUGUGCGAUCCGAGGAGUAAUCUACAUCACCGACGUUAAUUUGAGAGGAAAUAAUAAGACUUAUGCGAAAACUGGAGACUAUUUGAAACCAGCCUAUUACGACAUCAACCAUAAAUACAAUCUGAGAUCGCUUUUCGAGUGUUACUCGCGAGCCAAGGUGUCCAGUGGUCUUCAUUCUUGUCAAGCGCUUCCAAUCAAAGAUGGAGUCACUGCCUUGCAUUAUUCCCUGUCUCUGAAUCUCAUGGCACCUCCUAAGACACCAAUAAGGUCCUCCUGGAAAAAGAAAACUGAAAGUACGGCUUCGAAAUCAGGGAAAGAAGAGGACAAAAGUCCACCUCCCUUUGGUUCAAGGCAGAAGAAAAAAAAAGCGGAAAAAGCACGGACUAGAUGGCCCUGUAAAGAAGAUGAAAAUUGGACACCAACGAAUCGAAUCCAUCGAACGAGAAGCACCAUCGUAGACGUCAAACAGGAACCAAUUGAUGAGACAACACAAUCUACGGUAUCAGAAAACCCACGCCGUCGAAGUCUCCGGAGUGCUUUUCGAAAACCGAAAAAAGCCAUAGUCGAUGAUAAAGAUAAUGAUGAUGAGGUAGAAGAAGAUGACGAUGAGAAUAACGAUGAGGAUGACGAUGUUAUUCUUGUUGAAAGUGAUGUUCCAUUCAGCGAUAUUGCUUCUUCUUUGAAGACUCCUGUUCAAAACCAAAAGAAUAAAUCCGAACUUGUUAAAGAGCCACUGCCUUUGUCGGACGAAGAUUCAAUCAGUGACAGUUUGAUUUACAACAGAACGCAAGAUUGGAUAAACACGCAAAACCCAAAGCUGUCACCAGAGAAAACUGCCACAGAAAGCGAGGACCCACCAGAAAAAGUCACACCAAAAUUCGAUUCAACUUGGCGGAGCUCGGAAAUUCACGAAGUUAUUCACAAUUUGAAGAAAAAACACUUCGAAAGGAAAAGAAGCCAAAAUGUGGGCACUGGUGAGCUUCUACAGGAGGGAUCAGCGAUACAGCCAGAUUCCGCAGUUCACAAGCUUCAAAUCGAGGGUGCCAAGCGAAAUCUAUUGGACGACCGGGUGUUCUGCUCUGACAUUUUCACUGAAGAAGAGAUGAAGGGACGCAGGCCAACAGUUAGGAAAGCUCGAUCGGAUUUCGCUGGAAUAGAAAGAGUGAAGCGAAAUCUUCUGAAUGACAAAAACUUCUCCGACAUUUACAAGCCUGAAGAGACAACUCCAGUGACCUCUGAGAAGGCAGCUGACGAGGCAGAGACAAAGCUUUUGCCAGUAUCUCUGAGAGAAUCGGAUAUAAGUUCAUCUACUCAUCGACGGAGAAAACCAAGAAUAAUUACACCUCGAAAGAAGGAUCCAAAAGACGAUGUUGAGAAAUCAGAAGAUGCUCAAGAUCCCGCGGUCGAAAGAAAGCCGAAAGGACGAAGUCGUCGAGUUGUGAAAAGCGCAGCAAGAAUCCGGGAGAGUUUCAACCAGGGUCUUCAACAAACGAAGCUUCAGAAGCCGAACGAUGAAACGAAGAAAGAGAUCUUGACUUGGAUUUCGAAAUUGGGAUGGGCCAGGAAUUGGUGCGACGAUGUCAUCAAAGUUUUGGGAGAAAUGAAAACGGCUCUGAAGAGUUUCCAACCCGCCAACUCCGAUUCAAGUGACACUGAAAUCGAAGAAAAUAAAGCUGAAGGAUUGGAGAAAAGCGACUUAGAAAACAUGAUGGACGAGUUUGAUUCAUUCUUGCAGACCUGA